GCUGCCCGUUAUAUGGAAAUGCACAUGCUGAGGAUGUAAUUUUCCCCGUUCUACGGAGUCUAUCCACCCCCGAUUUGGCCAUAUAUUUAUGUGGCAUUUAUCAGUGGCUGAUAGAAUUAUUCCUUCUUGAACUAAUUGAGAAUCGAAGAAUGCCUCUAUCUACGAUUAUCUGUGGUUUUCGACGGUGCAAAACCGAAUAACAGAACCCUCAACGCAUUCAAUCACACCAUUGCUUUGUUAUCUAACGGGCUAACGUGACAGGUCUCUGAGCAUAAUGCCGUUAUAUACGGGAGAGGUCUCUUGCAAAACUCGUGGCAAGAAGUACUCUUUUGCUAUAGAGAUAAUUCGAAUAAUGGGAUUAUUACCACAAUAAAUGUUCUGCAAUCAUCCUCUCGCUUGGAGCACGCCUCAGGGCAUUUUAAUCACCUCCUAGGGAACAAAUCUCACCACUCAUUCAUCAUCAAUCUUGAAGAGCCUGCUCGAGUAUAUAAAAGUAUUGAGAGUGUCAUUGUUUUGAAUCGAAACCAGCAUGUAGCCUGGGCCUGAUUCCCUUGUGUCACACCAUGAUGUUGCACAUAGUGGGAUUGUACGACAUUAAGACAAACCUCAAUCUCGAUUUUUAGUUCUCCCACUCUUAAUAUAUCUCAUCGACCACAAAUAUAUAUCAUUGCCAAAGAACAAACGCCUGCAACCAUGGCCCAGACAUCGCCAUUCGACACCCCCUUCGACGAGCUCCCAAACCCUCGCCAGGUAUGGGUAGGCACGCCGGGGAGCCCGGAGGAAGGGAUGGGAAAACUUUCCCUUUUGACUCCAGCAGUCGUCUCCGAAGCAGCAGCAGAAAUCAAAACAGGCAUGCGAGUGACCCUUGGUUGGGAGAUGACGAAGCUUGAACUAGCAAAUCUAAACCGACAACCGUGCCAGCAUCAUAUCAUCUCCCUUCUAAACGGUCUUGCCUUUGAUGAUGUUUACAUCAUGAACCCUCAACAAAGCAGCCAGUGGGACGGGCUACGUCAUUUUUCGCAAUCAGUGACUGCCACCGAUGGCAAGGCCGCGGAAAGAGUUUUCUAUGGAGGAACAACUGCCAGUGAAAUACUCAAUCGAUCAAACGAUCGCAUCGGGAUGCAAUACUGGGCUCGUCAAGGAAUUACAGGCCGUGGGGUUCUCAUUGAUUAUGCCUCCUACGCCUCAAAGAAAGGGAUUAAAUAUAGCACCUUUUCAACCCAUCAAAUCAGCCUAUCGGAUAUCUUAGAGAUCGCUGCUGACUGUAACCUGACAUUCAAACGUGGGGAUAUUCUAUUUAUUAGGAUCGGGGUGACCAAUGAGUGGGACAAUGUGAUGACCGAUGAUCAAAAACGGGCAUACUCGGUGAAUCCGAAGCCGGAACAUGCGGGCGUUGAAGCUACUACUGAAAUGCUCCGCUGGCUAUGGGACACUGGAUUCUCUGCCGUUGCAGGUGAUGCUAUCAGCUGGGAAGUCUAUCCUCCGCAGAACCCAGAUAUCUUCCUGCACGAGUAUCUGCUUGCAGGCUGGGGAGUUCCAAUCGGAGAGCUUUUCGACCUCGAAGCACUAUCACGCACCUGCCAUGAACUGGGCAGAUGGACCUUCUUCCUCUCGUCAGUGCCCCUUAAUAUGCCUGGUGGCGUUUCUUCGCCGCCAAACGCAAUUGCAAUUUUCUGAUCGGGGUUGUCUAAAUGAACAUCCUCGAUGGUGUGUUUCAUCGCUUUAAAUUGAAACGGGUCAUACAGAAACGGGAAGAGAAUGCAGAGUAAUUUGAUAAGCUUUCGGCUCCACGACCCCUUUUUUAUCGAAUUUCUAAUAUCCAAUUUUCAUGAGCUUUUCAGGAUCUCCAUUCUCCUUAUCUGCAUCUUCCGAAGAAUUAUUGGCUACUCACAAAUGAUUUGACUUACACUUUGAGUUUACUUUCGGAGAGGGAUAGUAAUCCUAACAAUUAUACGGCAGUUUCGGGAUAUUUUUUACCCUCACUAAGUUGACUUGAGUGUUGAUACCAUCCAUAUUAGUCCAUGUUCUCUCCGCGUCUCCCACCCUUCUUCACCUGAAAAGAUUAAAGCAAGAUUUCCAAUCUCCUCCCUACAAGCUUGAACGAGUAUACACAGUAUCAAACUACUGUUACUCUAAACCUUACGCAGCUGCACACUUCUCAAAUCGCCAACCUCCCCCUAUGACUCAGCCCUGCCCUACAUCAUCAGCUGCAAUCCAAUAUACCGAAGCCGCAAACAUGUAUAUUGUAAAUCUACUUAUCAGAAGGAAAUAGUAUGCGUAGCGUAUAGCCUUUAUAUCAUCCGGUCCCCACAGUACAUCUAUUGUGGCUAAGCCCACAGCAUUUAAUAAGACGCUCAAUAUGCAAUAGUUGCUCUUAAUUACAACAACUCUCUUAUCAUCAGAUAUACAUCUCCAGUACACCCGCGAAUUAAA